GAAUAAUCAGGGACAUUCUAAUAAGGGGCAUCAGCAGCAGCAGGUGCAUGGGGGCGAGAUCGAAUUAUAAGGGAGCGGCGUGAACCUUCAGGGAAAAUAAGAACUCAGCAAUAAAAGAGAAUAGUGGAAACAAACAAAAGGGCAGAAAAGAGAAAUGCAAAGAGAAAUGCAAAGAGAAAAGUCCACCAGAGUAAGCUAAAGUGAAGAAAACAAAGGAAAAUAAAACAGAAAAGCAAAGUCAGUGCAUGGAGGCAGUGUAUAUACAGACAAAUAGAGAUCAGGGACGAGUGAAGUAUAUAAGUGUGAGCAGUGAUGUAACUAAGAGUACGUAGUGAAGGAUAUAAGUGUGAAGAAGAAGCAAGGAGGACCUAUAGAAGCGAUGCAAAGCAGAACAGCUCAAAAGAAGAAGAAGAAGAAGAAGGGGCGGGUGGCAGCACUGAGGCCGCCCCGUACAUGCUGGAGCCUGCAGAGUGGCGGAGGCGGAAAUCCCUCCUGUUGAGACACGGUGACCCUCCCUGCACUGACGCCUCCGCCGCCAUCACGUCACCACCACGGCCUCAUGUCAGGCAGCAGGUGAAGUGAAGAGGUAAGCAGCGGCGGUGUAGCGAGAGAACAACCACGCUCAAGAGGGCCUGCAGCAGCACCCUGUCCCCACACGAGAGGAGCCAAGUGUUGGACUGGUUUACGUUGUUUUAAAGUGAAUACUUCUGCCAUGGGGGUGUCUAAGUCUUAUUUCAUCGAAGGGUGGAGAGGAGGAGGUGUGACUAUGCCAUCUGACCUGACCCAAGCAGUACGCCCACUAGCUGCACUCCCGCAUAGGAGCUGUGAAGAUGCUGCCACCUGCAGCCCCCCACCUCCCUAUGUCACUGCUGAACUCAACAGCAGCAGCACUGGUGGGGGGCUGCAAACAUCCCUGGAGACAUUUGCUCCAGCAACACACCCAUCAAACAGUAGCAGAGAGGGGCAGGUGGGAUCCGGGGCUGGGGCUAGGACAGGUGUUGAGACCAGGGGACAGACAAUGUCUGUCCCCCAGGUUGUCAACAUGUAUCGUCUUUGUCCCAAGCUUAGAGAUGCAUUUGCCCCAGUAGGAGCAACCGACAGUGCCUACUCAUUCAGAGAGGUAGUGGUUCUGUUAAAGAAGUAUCUUUUCAGUAAAGAUUACCUCUUUGACCCUAAAAACAGGCUGUAUGUCAACUGUGAGUCUGAUCCCCUAGGACAGGCUCUGGGGGUGAAAAGGUUCCACUUCAAUGAUGUUAGGUCACUAAUUAGUCAAAACAUUAUUAAAGUGCAGCCUGCAAGUGGUCAGAGUUCUCUCUGUGGACCCACACCUGUACCUGAUAAAUUAAGUUCAAGCUCUUCAAGUGAUGCUUCAAGCUUGUGCAUUGAUAGAAGUAAUGGCAGCACAUGCGGGUUGUUAGUACCACCAGGUGCUGCAGCCUGCACACCAGUGACUGGGAUUGUAUCAUCCCAAGGGGGUCAAACUGGUCUUGCAAGUGAACCCACAACCAGUUCUGUGCCUGGACCUAACAGAGUUUGUGGAAAAGACCGGGUAUUGGCAGGACCAAGUAGCCCACCCCUGGACAUAAUCUGUCCAGACAUUCCUCAAAGCUGCUCUGAUACUGAAACCAUAUACAGCGUUCAGGGCUAUGAGACAGAAUACUGUCGUAACACUGAGUUUGAAAGCAGUGAAGAGGAAGAAGUGAUGGAAGUAAACAGCGAUACCUUUGAGGAGUACGAGCUACCCUCAGAUGACCCUGGGGACGAAAAGGAACAAUAUAGUGACAGCGACUCCACUGUUGAUGAUGUGGAGAUUGCAGUCCUGGCUUAUACAUUAGUCCAGGACGAUGUAGAGGACGGCUUUUGCGCUGACGAUGACUCUGAUACAGAUGAAGGGCUGUCUGAUGAAGAUAAUGACCCAGAGUGUGUCUCAGACCGCUGGGACUGUCUCACAUGUGGUUUAAAAAACAAGCCUUUUGUACGCUACUGUGGCAAGUGCUGGCAGUUGAGAAAGAAUUGGCUUCCUGACCGGCCCAAAAAACGUAAAAGAAAGCCCCGUCCUAAGAAAAGGAACCUGAGGAAGGGGAUGGCAUCUGGUUCAUCAGAACAACAGCCUUCCUCCCAGGAUACUUGUUCCUGGGAGGACUGCAAGGCAAGAAGUUGCACACCUGAAAGCAGCAUCGAUGAGAGUAUCCAUUCAGAGAAACUUGUCAAAACCUCAUCAAUUUCCAGCACAUCUUCUACGGGGAGCAGCAGCACACAGGACUCUGGGUUCGCCUCAUCUCAGGACUUGCUAUCACAGGACUUACUGGAGUCUCAAGAGCUGUCAGAAAAUUUUGUUAGAGAAAUAAGUGCUGUUGAAACUAAAGGACCACAACCAAGCACAAGUAAAGGAGCCACACAGAAAGUGGAAAAAGACCUGAAGGAUACUGUACAGCCAAAGACAUCAAGUAGUUUGAGAAGGAAAAGGAAGUCUUCCUCUUCAGAAGAUUUCAUUGCAGCAAAGCAUUCAAAGAAUAUGGAGGAGAAAGAGGAGGUGCCUUCUGAAAAGAUGGAAUCCCUGCCCAGUGAAGGCAGGACUUGGAAAAAUUCCUCAGAGGGUUUAAAUAUUUUCAGAUUAGUUCAGGUCUCUCCAGACGUCCAGGAAUCACGGACAAAGAAAAUUGCAGAGCUCUCAUCAUCCAGUGUUCCUGGUACAUCCUCAGGGUUCUCAUCAACAUGCUCCAUCUGUUGUCUUCGACCCAAGAAUGCUGCAAUAAUACACGGCAGGCUGUCACACCAAGCCACCUGCUACCAGUGUGCUCGGAGACUCCUUGAUGCAGGAGCUAGGUGUCCAGUUUGCCGGCGCAAGAUUCACAUGGUUUGCAAAAACAUCAUAGUAUAAUAAUGAACAGCUUUUAGACUUGUGACCCGAGUCUCAAUUUCCACUGAUAGUGUGAGCCUUUUCCACGUCUAUGUUAACUUGUCAACCACUGCCACAAUUUGCACAGAACAUAACCAAUCAGACAACAUUUUCUUUAUCUUAUAGGUAGCUCAAAAUAAAUGUAACCCACAAUAGAGAACAGAAAAGGAUGACAUGAGUGCUUGCAAUUGAAAGAUUGGAUAAGAGCCAAUAAUAAGUUGUGUCCCUAAUCCAGCAAGACUAUUAGUUUACAAUAUUGGUUGAGUUAUCAUUGGAAAGCACAGAAAAUGUAAAUUUAAUUUAGCAAAAAUGUCAUGUGUUCACAUUUUGAUUUUACGACCCAGUAGAUGACGAUAUCCCUAGCAAGCCUGUUUUUUUUUUUUUUUGUUUUUUUUUUUUUUGUAUUCAAUGUGUAAGCUUUUGAAGUUUUAAGUUGAAGAAAACACAUUCAUUAUCCUAAAAGUGAAUGUUAAGAAUAUCAUGUGCAAAAUAAGCCAAUUUUUACCAACUUUGAAAUGUUGAAUGGGGAAAUAAUGCCUUGGGGGAUAUUCUCAAAUACCUUUGGCAGUGGCAAGCUCAAUUAUAAAAAUUGCUGGGAUGGUAGGAUUUUAGACUU